AUGAGGCGUUUUUAUCUAGGAAGGGCGGAUCAAGCGAAGAGGAAGUCUGCACACGACGAUGCAGAGAGUGGUGAUCCAGAGACUAUUAUUGAUGAUGCGAGAGCACAAACCAGAAGGUUAGGAAGAGGAAGGAGACAGUGGCAGACACACCCUGAAACGACGAGCUUGGACUUCUGGACGAAGACGACAGCGCGGACGCGGACGACGAGACACACGGCACACGGAUUCCGGACGUUUUUCGCUUUGAAGCGUCGCAGCCUCGCUGCUCUACUGUACAGUUUGAAACUGUUAUUCAUGUGUGAGGUUCUCGUUAAGUGGGCCAAACGUUGGGUUUUAGGGGUUAAUCUCCGCAGGUUACUUCGCCACCUUAUACAACUAACGUUUGCACUUGCGGGUUAGAUUCGCGCAGCAUGAAGCUACUUUCGGAAAAGUACGGUGAGACUUAGAUGCGGUGGUAGCUUUAUGAGCUUUGCUUGCGCAGAGAAGAACUUGUACUACGAAUGUAGCGCCCAAUUUGUCCUUUGAUGGAUCAAGAAGGUUGAGAGUUGCUCCAUGACGCCACCGUUUUUCCUAUGUGAUUGUGACAAGACUGAUCGCUGA